UACUAAGAAGUGUUAUUGGACUAGCGCUAUAAUAUAAUAAAUACAGAUAAACGAACAGACUCAUUACAGUUAGAACAGUGAUCUUGUUGAAUGUGCGUACGUUAGUUCAAGUACUAUUUGUAAAUUUAAAAAUAGAGUCACGAAAACGUUCCAAGAAAUAAAUAUGUUGGGUUUUAAAGAUUUGUGGAAAAUAACCAUAUUAUUGGUUUGUUAUUUUGUUUACAUUUCGUGUCAUACUUAUCACCUGGGUCAAUGUCCAUCUAUGGAACCAAUGGCUGAUUUUUCUAUGCAGAAAUUUUUAGGACCAUGGUACGCUGUUCAAAAAUCGUCAACUUCUAGCAGGUGUAUGGUGUAUAAUUUUACCAAUACCCAAGAACCAAAUAUAUACAAACUAGAACAAAUUAGCGAAAACUCUAUUAUAAAUGUUGCGAAAUCCAACAAUUAUCACUACAUUGGUAAUUUGAAAGUUGAUCCGAGUUUACCAUCUAGAAUGUCUGUAUCAUUUCCAUUGAGUGUAGCAGGAAAAGCGUCUUUCGUUGUGUUUGCAACUGAUUAUGACACCUACGCUGGAGUUUAUUCAUGCCAAAAAAUUCCGUUUGGUCAUAGACAUUCUGUUACAAUUUUAUCAAGAGACAAAGUUUUAAACAAACAAUACCUGGAUAAGCUGCGCAAUAAAAUUGCAUCGGCCAAUGUAAACCCAUAUGAUUUAUCAAUUGUCGAUCAAUCAAAUUGCAACCAUCUUAAUUCUUCGAUGCGCGUGGAAAUUAAUGAUCAAACUUUUAGUGCAAAAAACAUCGGACAUGCAGUUUCUAAAGUCGGAGAAAAAAUUGGACAAGGCGUUGAGUAUGUAAUUGAUGGCGGAAAGAAGGUUUAUAACUCUAUUAAGUCAAAACCUGCUGAAGAAAUUAAUCCAGAUGCAGAAUGGUACCCUUAAGACUGAUAUUAUUUUUAGGAUAAGUAAUUACACUUACUUAGAAGAAAAGUUAUUAAUUAAAAAAAUAAUUGUUUUAUGACUCGAGCAAAGAUGUGUGGUACUAAAGUUCAAAGCUGAUAUCGAUAUAUAUAUAAUCUAGUUUAAUUUUAUUCUCGUAUAGUAAAUAAUUUUUUAAAUAAUACAAUUUUUUUUAAUAAUUUUUAUUUAUAUCUUGUAAUGUAAAUCUAUUGAUAUUAGAUAACAGUAGAUAUUAAAGCUUUUUUUUAUAAAAAAAUUAUAGUUUGAAUUUUUAAUUAUUGAUAUGAUAUGUACGUAAACUGUAUCAAUAGCGUUAGCUCUCCCCCCCCCCCCCAGAAAUGUAUUUGAUUUUUAUUGUUAAUAUAUGGUAAAUAUUUUAUUUGUAUGGAAU